CCUCCUCCUCCUCCUCCUCCUCCAGUUGACUCAGGGCUCCCGGGCGACCCUGGGGCAAUCAGGAUGAGGAGGAUCCGGGCUAAUGCCAUUGCCAUCCUGACCGUCGCCUGGAUCCUGGGCACUUUCUAUUACUUGUGGCAGGACAACAAGCCUCAUUCCGCGGCAUCCAGCAGAUCCCCCAGCAGCAGCAGCAGCAGCAGUAGCACCGGCGGCAGCAGCAGGAAUCCAGGGCAGAGAUCCACGGGCAAAGUCGAGAGCCACCAAGAGAGCCCCCUCGUGGCAUCCAAGCCACCACAACCAGAGAAAAAUGGCUUACGGGGUUUUGAUGAAAAAGUAUAUGUAUCUUCAAAGCUGCUGAAGGCUGGAGAAGACCCUUAUCGGCAACAUGCUUUCAAUCAGUUGGAGAGCGACAAACUCAGCAGUGACCGGCCCAUUCGAGACACCAGACAUUACAGGUGUGCCUCUGUGCACUUUGGCGCAGACCUGCCAGCGACUAGCAUCAUCAUCACCUUUCACAAUGAAGCUCGUUCCACCUUGCUCCGCACAGUAAAAAGUGUUCUGAAUCGCACUCCUGCCAACCUGAUUCAGGAAAUAAUUUUAGUAGAUGACUUCAGCUCUGAUCCUGAGGACUGCCAGCUCCUUACAAAGAUACCAAAGGUCAAAUGUCUACGCAACAGUCGUCGAGAAGGGCUGAUCCGCUCUCGAGUGCGAGGUGCUGAUAUGGCAACAGCUGACAUUCUUACCUUCCUGGACAGCCAUUGUGAAGUGAACAGCGAAUGGCUGCAGCCUAUGCUCCAAAGAGUGAAAGAGGAUUAUACUCGAGUGGUGAGUCCUAUCAUUGAUGUGAUAAGCCUGGACAACUUUGCCUACUUAGCAGCAUCAGCAGAUUUGAGGGGAGGAUUUGACUGGAGUCUUCAUUUUAAGUGGGAGCAGAUCCCCAUUGAGCAAAAGCUGUCUAGAACUGACCCUACCCAGUCCAUAAGGACACCUGUCAUAGCUGGUGGCAUAUUUGUGAUCGAUAAGUCUUGGUUUAACCAUCUUGGAAAAUAUGACACUCAGAUGGAUAUCUGGGGAGGAGAGAACUUUGAGCUUUCUUUCCGAGUCUGGAUGUGCGGAGGGAGUUUGGAGAUUGUUCCCUGCAGCCGCGUGGGCCACGUUUUCAGGAAACGCCAUCCAUAUGACUUCCCUGAGGGCAACGCACUGACUUAUAUCAAAAACACUAAACGUACAGCAGAAGUGUGGAUGGAUGAGUACAAACAGUAUUACUAUGAGGCCCGCCCAUCUGCUAUUGGGAAAUCUUUUGGAAGUAUUGCAGACCGAGUGGAGCAACGCAGGAAGCUGAACUGUAAAUCCUUCCAGUGGUACUUGGAGAAUGUCUAUCCUGAGCUCAAGGUUCCAGAAAAGGAGCUGAUUCCUGGGAUCAUCAAGCAAGGAUCAAAUUGUUUGGAGUCUCAGGGACAGGAUACAGCAGGAAACUCUCUAGCAGGGAUUGGGAGCUGUAAAGGGACGGUGAACAAUCCUGCUGCUGCUCAGGAAUGGAUAUUCAGUGACCCUUUAAUCCGGCAGCAGGACAAGUGUCUCUCCAUCACCUCUUUCUCCACCGGCUCGCAGAUCACAAUUGAGGCAUGCAAUCAGAAAGACGGCAGGCAGAAAUGGAAGAUGAAAGGCAGCUUCAUCCAGCACUUUGUCAGUGGCCUGUGCUUAGAGAGCCAGUCCAGCAGACUAGUGACCAACAUCUGCCAGUCAGAUAUCCUGGGCCAACAGUGGGAGCUGCUCCAAGUCACAUGAUGGUUGCCCAGCGACGACUUCUCUGAUGCUUUUGCAUGAGACUCUGGGAAUGGAAGGGGGUUAGGGUGGGGGAUGAAGUUUUAUUACCUUUAAGCCCUAAGUAUUUUGAUUGUGAUCCUCAGCCAAUAACCAUUUCAGUUGAAAUGUCAGUGUUUUUGGAUUCAUUAACAAGCACUCCACGAUAUAUGGAACCACCACUGGAAAUGGCCCGCCUGUUACCCCUGUUUUCCCAAUGUGAGUAACACUAUAGGAAAUUCAACAGCAAUUCAGGCUGGGGAAGGGAACAUCCCAGUAACCAAGACUUAGGUGUGACCAAGACUGACUGACAGCUCUCCCCUUCCAUUCUUCCCUCUCCAGGGAAACUUGUGGUCUGUGGUCCCAUGGAGUUGUUGCAAUUGGUGUCCAUGACAGCGCUUAUGUGAACCCCUGGUGGAUUUGCUUGACCUCACUGGCUUUCAGACAUGACAUCACCUCUCAUUUUGCAUGUGUGUUGUACAAAAUGGUUUUGGGAAAGCUGGCAAGAAUAGUCAUGGCUAAGUUAUUGGGAGAAGUGUAUUUGGGGGAAAUGGAAGACUCAGAGGCGAGGGUCUUUAUUAAUUUGUUUUUCUUUUGUUUUUGUUCCUGUGUUUAUUUCUUCACUUCAGUAUGUUAAUAUCAUUCCUUGCAUAGCUAUCACUCCUUAUUUUCUCUGGUAGGUAAAGUUAAAGCCAACCCUCAUUCGCUAAAUGGUCUGGUAUAAUUUUUAAGGUUUGAAUCCAAAGGUAAAAUGUUAUUUGAAAUCACAUGAACAAAAGGUCCACUUUUGCUUCAUACAGAAGGCAUAAGUGAUGUGAGAUGUUGUUUAAAACUGUAUGUGUCUCGAUCAUUUACCUUUGUUAGCCCCCCAUUAGGAAAACAAUGUUCAGAAAAUUAAUGCUUGAGCUCUAGCAGAUAGGUUAUUGGAGGUCUUGAGACUGAUGAAUGUGAUGCAGCAGUUGCUAGGAUCCAUCCAUUAAAUCCCACCCAGAAGGCAUUAGAUGAUAUUGCACUGACAGCCUGUGUUGGAAACGGUGCUUUCUGUGCUAAGCAGAGGGUCAUGAAGGGCUCUGGAGAGAGCAGGUACCACUUCCUUCUGUCUUCAUUAACAUGUAUUUGGGAUACAUUCACCUGCAGAAAGCAGCCCACAAUAUAAUUAGUGUGUUCUUGUAAGCAUGAGGUUAUAUUCAAUGCUGGCCAUCUGCCAGCAGAAUGGAAACCACUGGUGUAAUGGAUUUCCCUCUCCCUCUGCGGUCCCCCCCACAAAUCUGCUCCAGAGGGUUUAGGGGCCCUCCAGAGCACUUGAGUAUAUGCAGAGGUGGGGGUGGAGGGUGGAGGAGAGCAAAGGGAAGUUCCAUUGCACAAACAGACGUCUGCUCAUGUGAUACUGGAUUUAACCCAUGGCUUGUGCCGAUGAAUUGGUACUGAAGUGGUCAACCUGUGCUUCUGUGUUAACAAAUCUUAUCAGAACUAGUUUUCUUUCUUGAGACUGAAGGAGUUACUGCCCAGCCUGCCCAGGGAGCAUUCCUGUUCUUGAAGGCCAUCUUUGCCUUAGUGUGUGUGUGUGUGUGUGUGUGUGUGUGUUUUCUCCUCCUUUGAGUGCAAAACAUGAACUUAGACCCUUUGCUGACUUGCUUGUGAUUCCUUUACAUUUCCCAGCAGACAAAGUGCAAAGAGAGUGGUGCUUUGCUCCCGUGAAAGAUCUACAGUCCUAUAAAUACUUGCUUGGGAAUAAGCCCCAUUGAACUCAGUGGAAAUUUCUUUUGAGUAAACGCGCACAGAAUUGAAUAAAAGGUCAGCUGCAGGUUGUUGUUCAGCUGACCUGCAGCUUUGCAUAGGUUGGUUGAGCAUCAGCUAAAUGCUGACUUGUAACCCUGUUGAAGGACCCAUAUGGCAAGUCAGCAUG